AUUCAUACACAACCUAUAGCCGAAGUCAAAACGAUGUGAUUAAGUGAAUUUUUGUACACGCCUAGUUUGUAGUUUAGAUUUUAAAAUUCUUCAGUCAGUUUUAUUUGUUAAUGUUAUAUAAUGAGUUCGACUGUAGUGUAUCUAAUUGUUUUUAUUGUUAGUGUUUCUACAGUGGUAUGUGGUAAUUUAAGCGAUUCAGUGUUAGAGCAAUUAAUGGCAAUCAAUAGCUAUACAAAAUGCAGAGUUGAUGCAGAUUGUGCUAAGACUAGUGACCACGCCUUUUGUUUUGGCAACGAUGCAGACAAAGAUGGAUACUGUAGGUGCAAAGAAAAUUUCGAAAUGGUUAGCAGAAAUAAAACGUAUUUCUCUUGUUUGGGACCCGCCGGAUUAGGAGAAAAAUGUGAAAAAAAUAUGCAGUGUCAAAUUGUAUUAAGUGAAAACUCAGAAUGUGCAAAUUCGGCGUGUCGCUGCAAAAACGGAGCUCACCUUUAUAAAGACGGAAGAUGUUAUGUCUCAGUAUUACUAGGAGACUUUUGCAGAGGCGAUCCCAAUUGUUGGUUAGCCUCAAACCAAUUUGGUAACUGCGUGUAUGGAAAAUGUACUUGCAAAUUUGAUAACGAAGUACCAGGAACAGACAGAAUGAGCUGUGUACACGGUAAAAAGAUAGGAGAACAGUGUGAUAGUGACAACCAGUGCUCUCUAACCGAAAAUACCCAAUGUAAAACUGUUUGUCGAUGCUCUGCUGGUUUUGUUUUGUCACGUGACCAGACCAGAUGUCUAAAGGCUGCUACAAGAUUCAAUGACGUUUGCCUUGAAAAUGAUCAGUGCUCAGCGAGCCUUCAAGGAAGCAUUUGCCUCAGUAAUAACUGUAUAUGCGAUAGUGGUUUUCAUAGCAUUGACUUAAAAUGUGUGCGAACUGCAACUUUCGGUGGUCCGUGCUCGCACAGCGAGGAAUGUGUUCGGGAUUCCUCCCAUUUAGAACUAAUACAUUGUAAUAAUGGAGAGUGUCAGUGUAAACCUGGUAUUGUUAAUGAGACGUUAGGAUGUAUUAAUAGAUCAAAUUUUAUGGUACAAAAUAGUUUUGUUGUUAUUUCACUAGUUUUAGUUUUAAAAUUUUUGUGAUUUAAAUAGUAAAAUUUCUUUUUAAAAUGUUGUGCUUUUGGUUAUCGUUAAUGUAUUUUACGAAUUAGAUAAUUAGAAUUACCAACACCUACUGUUUGGUAAUUUUUUCUCGUGUACCUUGGUAAAUACAAUAAGUUUCCACUA